CCCCCCCAAACACGCACACGCACACUCACCCCUCCUCCUCCUCCUCCUCCUCCUCCUCCGCUUCCUCCUUCCUCUCCCUCCCGCGCUCGCUCUGACAGGAAAAGGCGCCUCUCGUCCUGAGUCUCUCUAGGAAGACGCCUCCCUCCUCGGUGGACUUCCGCCCGGGCUCAACAUGGCAGCCGCGGGCACGAUGCCCAGAGAGGGGCGGGGCUUCUCGGCCGUCGAACGGAGCUCUAGACAGAGAGAGACGCUCCUCCUUUCUUUUCUUCCCAACGCCCAGGGUCCGCCAAUGGGAAUCCGCCUCCCUCCCUGACGUCAUCCGUCUCCGGGCAGAAUCUCCCCGGGGGGGCGGGGGGGGGGAGAGAGGCCUGGCCUUGGUUUUGGCUUCACGUCCCUCUCUUCAGCCCAGGCCCCGGGAUGAGAGACAUGGCCUCGGGGUUGGGGAGAUCCACAGGGCCUCGGAGACAGAAGCGAACGCCCUCUUCUCCUCAGGACCUUCUGGCCUUCCCAGGAGAUCCGGCCUCCUUCCCGCCUCCUCUUCCCGUUCUUUGCAGGCAUUUCAUCUCAUCAUCACGACUGCCAGAUGGAUCCCAAAUAGCAGCUCCAUUGGUUAGUCAAUUAGGAUUGUGGGGAGGAAAUGUGAUUUUUGGCUGAGAAUUUUGGUGUAGAGCCUGUGGAGGGAUUUCUUUCCCUUGAAAGAAAGAAGAGGGAGGAAAAGCAUCUUGGGUACGGUUGGGUUCUUCACCAGAGUGGUUCCAACAUGGAGAGACCCAACUCACGUGGGCCUGAAGCAGGACCUGGGGGCAGUGGGGAAUCCUGGGAAAGAACCAGACAUGAGUCCCUGAGUGUGGACCUUGACAGCUCGGACACACAGCGCCAGCGCUUCAGGCAGUCCUCCUACCAAGAGGGUGAAGGACCCCGAGGGGUUUGCAGUCGUCUCCACGAUCUGUGCCGCCAGUGGCUGAAGCCAGAGCAGCACACCAAGGCCGAGGUGCUGGACCUGGUGACCCUGGAGCAGUUCCUGAGCAUCCUGCCCCCAGAGAUGGGGAGCUGGGUCCGAGAGUGUGGGGCAGAGACCUGUUCCCAGGCGGUGGCCCUGGCGGAAGGCUUCCUCCUGAGUCGGGCCGAGGACAAGGAGCAGGAAGGACAGGCCCCUAAUAAUAACUCCAUGGAAGUCCCUGCACCAGAGGAAUCUCCACCAGACACCACCCAGAGUCUCAGGCAGAAGGAGCUGAAGCGGGAAAGAGACGGGGCUGCUGCCUUGCAGGGUGAGAAGGAACUCUUCUGGGAGUUUUGGGGGUUUGUGCCAGUGGAAAUCCCACUUUGGGGGAUGAUUGCACACCCACAGUUUGAGCUUCAGAACAUGAACACGCAGGAUCAUUUGGCCUUGAGAGGGGUAUAUAUCUUAAACUCCUGUCCUUUGUGUGAUGUUUUAUGGACUUUAAUAUGUAUUUUAUAGAAAUGCAGUUUUAAUGUGUAUCUUUUAUAGAAAUAGGUAUCUUUGUUGAAUUUUGGCAAUGUUCAUGUUUUUAAAAUUUUGUGGUAACCUGCCUCGAACUGCAAGGAGAGGCGAGUAAAAAUGAAAUAAUUAUUGUUAUUAUUACUACUACUGCUACUACUGCUAUUGUUAUUGUUAUAUGUAGGCAUUAGGUUGCCAGAGGUGUGACUUCAGUUUGAUUUGCAGUUUUCUUUCUUGCAAUAGGACUUCAGUGUCUUCUCAGGUGGGACCCUAAGUGAAGAUAAGCCCUGAAACUGAGCUGGAAGACAAACAGACAACAAAGAAUCACUUUAGUCAAACACCAAGCCCAGUGCUAGUUUCACUCGAACAUCCUCACAGCAGGGCUUGCGAGAUAAAGUCCUAAUCCCUCACAUUGUACAUCUUCAUUGGCUGUUGAAUGCGCCUGUGUUCUUAGGGUCGUUUCCUCAUCGGUCUCUUUAUAGGACUGCAAUGGUCACUUCUGAGGCCUGUUUCUGUGACCAGCUUUCCACCCCUUGCUCUCUCUCCAGGGUCUGGAAUGAUGCUGUGGCCGAAUCCUCAGCCGUUUCUCCCCCUUUGCGAUGGAGUGGGACUGAGUCAGGUAAGCAGGAGGAUUCCUGGGAGAGGAGGGCUGGGCCUGCCGGGGUGCCUUUGGUUCCAGGAUUAAUGGCCAAAUAUCUAUUGAAACUGACAAGAUUGAAUGUGUUUCCUUAGAAGUGAAAUCUUGGAGUGAAAUACAAGGAGGGAAAAAAUGAAGAGAGAAUUAAAGAAACCAGAAUGGAUGUUCAAAGAAAUUUCAACGGAGCUAAGAUUGAAAAAGGACAUGUACAGGAAAUGGAAAGGGGGAAGAGUCACCAAGGAAUGUAAACGACUAACCUGCAUAAGUUGGGAAAAGGUCUAACAAUCUAAAUUAGAAAAUGAGGUCAGAAGAAGAAAUGAGCCAAGAGUAGGGUCUGUGCCUGGAGAAGGUGGUGAAAUGCUAACCAGGGAUAGGGAAGAGGUAGAACAUGGCCUCAGUCUUCUCCCAAAAGGAAAUGGGUAUUCUUCCUGAGCAAGAUGGAGCAACUGGGGAAAUGCAACCCCAAAUAGGUAAAGAAGUGGCCCAGGAAUACCUGGCCACUCUCGAUGAAUCCAAGUCUCCAGGGCCAGGUGAACUACACCCAAGAGAAUUGAACUAAGAGUAGUAAUCCCAGAACCACUGUCAAUCCUCUUUCUUCAUUUUUGGGAACAGGAGAAGUCCCAGCAGGGUGGAGGAGGCAAAGGUUGUCUCUAUCUCCAAGAAUGGACCAAAAAGAGGUCCCCUAACAAUGACCAUCCAGUUAUGUUGACCUGGCCCAUAAGCAGUUGCAGCAGCUGUUUAGACUCUCAAAUUUUUAUAAGGAGGAGAUCGUUUGAUGUGGAUUGAUAAUCGUUAUAGAGGGAGCAGAUCUGUUUGUUUGCUAUUAUGCACUCUUUAUCGAACCAAUUUUUGGAUCUGACCCUGGGUUGCCUCAGCAUUCUUUGCCAAUCGUAUCAUUUUUAAAAGAAAGGUUUUAUAAGGGAUUCAAACCC